ACGGAAUUUCUAUUUACUUUUGAUUUCUAAGAUGGGCAACAAGAUCUGCUUUAUUUUACUAAUAAUUUGUUCAUACUUGACAGCUAUGGCGAUAGCACGACCACAGGAUUCGGGCACUUCAUGCGGCCCAAAUGCACAGUUCACCACUUGCGGCACCGCUUGCCCGGUUAAAUGCAGUGAUAAUCCCUUGUUGGGCACAAUUUGCACGGCACAGUGCGUCGUCGGCUGCCAAUGCAAUUUCGGAUAUCUGCUGAACGAUGCUGGCGAAUGUGUGACAUUAACUCAAUGUUAACCGAAAUUUGGUUGUGUUAGUUACGCGAAAAUUGUGUUUAAAAAAUACUAUAUUCAUGGUAUAUAAUUUUUUUUAAAGAUAUUGCAUAUGACUUCAUAUUUCAAAUAAACAAAUGAAAAACGAAGUAAGUUGCCAAAGUGAAACGAGAUGAUCACCGAU